GCUCCUCGUAUUAUUCUCCUAAAAGAAGGCACAGACACUUCCCAGGGCAUUCCGCAGAUCGUAAGCAACAUCAAUGCCUGCCAAUCGGUUGCCGAUGCAGUGCGCACCACUUUGGGCCCUCGCGGGAUGGAUAAGCUGAUAAUUGAUCAUAACAAUAACUCCACAAUUUCGAAUGAUGGCGCCACAGUUUUGAAACUCCUAGACGUUGUGCACCCGGCUGCCAAAGCAUUAGUCGAUAUAUCGCGGUCUCAAGAUGCUGAAGUUGGCGAUGGUACUACGAGCGUAGCUCUAUUGGCCUCAGAAUUGUUACGGCAAAUAAAACCCUAUAUUGAGGAGGGUGUGCACCCGGCUGCAAUAAUUCGGGCCUUCCGAGAAGGUGCUAGGGUUGCUCUGGCAAAACUGAACUCUCUUGCUUGUCGCGUUGAAAAGGACUCAAUUAUUGAGCAGAGGCGGCUGCUCGAAAUGUGUGCUGCUACUGCGCUUAGCUCCAAGCUUAUAGCUAGUCAGAAAGAACUUUUUUCGAGACUGGUCGUCGAUGCAGUGAAGAGUUUGGACUCGCAACUAUCCCUUAAAAUGAUAGGAAUUAAGAAGGUGGCUGGUGGUGCUCUGGAGGAUUCAAUACUGGUUGAUGGUGUUGCAUUCAAGAAAACUUUCAGCUACGCUGGUUUUGGAAUGCAGCCAAAGUCCUAUUUGAGUCCUCUCAUUGCCCUCUUGAACAUUGAAUUGGAAUUAAAGGCUGAGAAGGAGAAUGCUGAAAUUCGUUUGAACACGGUUGAGGAGUACCAAAAGGUUGUUGACGCCGAGUGGAAUGUUCUUUACGAAAAGCUGUCUCUGCUGCACAAGGCAGGCGUCAAAAUAGUUCUCUCAAAGUUACCUAUCGGUGAUGUCGCUACUCAAUUCUUUGCCGAUCGUGACAUGUUCUGCGCUGGUCGAGUUCCUGAGGAAGACUUAAAACGCACUCAGAUGGCCUGUGGUGGGAGUAUUCAAACUACCGUUCAAGGUUUAACAUCUGAUAUGCUUGGGAGAUGUGAAAGUUUUGAGGAGGUCCAAAUAGGUUCUGAGAGAUUCAACAUUUUCAAAGGUUGCAUGCAGUCAAAAGCGUGCACUAUUAUUCUUCGCGGUGGGGCGGAGCAGUUUAUGGAAGAGACAGAGCGUUCUCUUCAUGAUGCUAUUAUGAUUGUUCGUCGUGCGAUAAGGAACGAUGCUUUUGUCGCUGGCGGCGGGGCUAUCGAUAUGGAACUAAGCAAGCAUCUCCGGGAGCAUGCUCGCACCAUUCCGGGGAAAGAUCAGCUUUUUAUCGCCGCGAUGGCGCGUGCUUUUGAAAUCAUUCCCAGACAACUAUGUGAAAAUGCGGGUUUUGAUCCCACGAACAUACUGAACAAGCUUCGUCAAGCUCAUGCGAAAGGCAGUGAAGUGUGGGCCGGUGUGGACAUAAACCGUGAGGACAUAGCAAAUAACUUCGAGGAAUAUGUAUGGGAGCCGGCAUUGGUAAAAAGCAAUGCCAUCACUGCAGCCACAGAAGCUGCAUGCAUGAUUCUGAGUGUGGAUGAGACGAUAAAAAAUCCGGAGUCGAAGAAUCCUGUUGAUGAAGCACCGCUGGGUCCCAGGGGUAGAGCCAUGCCUCCGGCGAUUUCACAGCAGAACAUGUAA